GCAUAGAAGCAUUGAAAUAUGGCCGACAGAGAUACAGCAGACUGAGUUUUAGUACUUGCAAGUUUUAUAAUUUAGAUAUUUAAUUAGAAUUCCAUGUGUUUACUUUUGUCACAACUGCAUUAACGUUUAUUCCAAGUUUUGUGUCACUGCGAGUAGUAGUUUAUCUCCAGGAAACGAUGGACAAUGUGCCCUAGUAACUGUCAUUGCGCUCGCCCAUUUCCUUUGUGAACCAAAUUGCUCCGUUUUAUGUGUCCGCGAAGUUCUUCUGAACCAUGACUUACAACUAAAGUGUUAAUGUUAUUUAAGUGAUCUUACUAGUUCUAACAAUGUUUGUACAGUGUAUUUGAUGACCGUUUGGUUAUGUUCAGGCGGAAGUAGUGCUAGUAGUGGUAGCCGGAAUCUGGUUAGAUAUCGAGCUUAUUGAGUGCGGUUUAGUAGUUUGAGUAAUUCGGUGCUUAUAAUGUAAUAAUGGUUGAAAUAGGCGCCCCUCCGCAGCCACCUGAAGAAUGUCUCGAAAACUGUGAAUGGUAUUGGGGUGACAUCACAAGAGAUGAGGCAAAUGAAAAACUUAGAGAUACCCCUGAUGGCUCCUUCCUGGUUCGAAAUGCAUCAAAUAAAGGCAGUGGAUAUACAUUGACGGUCCGAAAAGGAGGAACCAACAAAUUGAUAAAGAUUUACUAUCAAGAUGGGCGCUAUGGGUUCUGUGAGCCGUUCCAGUUUGCUUCCGUUGUGGAACUGGUCAGGUUCUACACGCAGUGCUCCCUUGCACACUGCAACCGCAACUUGGACAUCACUCUUAUGUACCCUUUGUUACGCUCCCAAGAAAAUGAUGGAGGUGAAAAUGACAGUGAAGAAACACUUGAAGCUGAAUAUAAAAACAUACAUAAACAAUAUGUCCUUAAAACAAGGAACUUUGAUGAAUGCUCUGACAAAUACAUGAGAUUGAGGGAGGAAGUUAAGGCUAAGAAACAAGCUUUAGAUGCAUUCAACGAGACUGUUAAAGUUUGUGAGGAACAUCUCCGAUAUCAAGAUGAAAUGCAGUCUAAAGCACAACCGCACGAGAAAACAGAUCUUAUACAAAAUAACAAGCAGUUAAUAUCAAGAGUGAACAGCUUGAAGCAAGCAAGUUAUGAUCUGCACAAUUUACUUCGGGUUACUGUAAAAGAAAACUUGAAGCUUGAGAGAGAGAUAACUCAACUUAAACCACAAAUAGUAGAUCUCUUCAAGAAAAAAGAUCUGCACAAAAUAUGGCUCCAAAGGCGUGGUAAGACUGACGAGUAUUUAACAAAUUUAGAGGAGGAUAACAUACAUAAGUUAGAAGAGUUAUAUGCACAUCGUGAAAUGAAAAGUUGGAUGGUAGAAAAUUGCACUCGCGAAAAUGCAGAGAAAAUUCUAGAUGGAAAACCUACAGGCACAUUUUUAAUACGCCCAAACUCUAGAGGGCAACUUGCACUAUCCAUAUGUUGCAACAACAUUGUCUACCAUUGCAUUAUAUUCAAGACUGAAAGAGGUUAUGGCUUUGCAGAACCAUAUAAUGUUUACAAGACAUUAAAUGAGCUUGUUCUACACUACGCCAUUAACUCGCUAGAUGAACACAACGACCAACUCCGAACCACACUGAAGUAUCCCAUCAAUGCUCAUCUAGUUAGCAAGCCGGAGAAGAAACAGUCACAUGAAAGUGAACACCUGGAACCCCAUCAAAAUCAAUCAAACCAUCAAAUGGAGUGCCAGGCUUCACAUCAGCAGAGACCCAGGCAGUAGUACCAAAUGAUACUUUAUGUGAGUCUUGCUGAAUCUAGUCUUCUAUUUAGAUAGAUGACUGGUAUGAUCUUUCACUUAUGUGAUAAAGGUAUCAUGAGGUUCAAGUCAUUCCUGUAUGUAUGAACAGAUGUACUGAUCUCAUGUUCCCAGAAAGAUUUUGUAUUUUUAGCCCGGUUGUUUUGUCUUUGAAAUGAUCAACAACCCGGCUAUACUCUUCUAUCGGAUCUGAAUAAUGUCUAAAAUGCAUUGAUAAGUAUGUGAUGGUAAUAAUAACUAUGCAUAUUAUCAUGUGAUAUUUUCCAUUGCUUGAUACUUCUAUUAGAAGAGGUAUGUUCAAAUUUGAAUGGCCCAAUCCACAACGAAAGUAUAAAUUUGUAUUGCGUCCAGUUUUUGAUGAAUUUGAUUGGGAAGUGUAAGGGCGCGCGAGGGAACAGACAAAGUAUUGUAUGAAGUAUAAUAUUUAAGUUGCAUGAGUUGCAUGCUUUCUGUAAGUAGCUUUAGGGAGAACGUCUGUCGGCCAAAUGUACAAACGCGAGUACCAAAAAUGUGUCAUGUAAAUGUUGAUGCGUGCAAAUCAGUGAACUCUGGAAGUUGAAUGUUAUUUAAUACUUGAUUUGUUAUUUGUGUUUGCUAAUGUGAUAUUAAUUUGUUAAAAGUCAUCUUUAGGGUUGGGAUUUAUAAAGCACAUACCUACAUCUGCAGGUACUAUUUAUAAAUUUAUUGGAUUUCUAAUGAAUUCCUCAGAAAUAUAUACAAGGUACAUCCUACCGCGACACCUACUGGUAACAAGACGUAAGUAAGAUUUUAGAAGAUAUUUAAUUUUGAUGAAUAUAAAAAAAACUAAACUAAUAAUUGUUCAUGUAUGUAUUUAACUAUUAUAACAACUUCUUUGCGGUUGUUACCAGUGAAAACUCCAUGAAAAGUGUUGCAAAUUAAACUCAAGUUACAACAUAAAAUAAUACAUACUUGAAAUGUUUCAUUCUUUUAUGAAAAUGGACAAGCAAAAGUAUGUUUUAAAAUUUUUUUGAAUGUGUAAAUAAAUUGAUGGGUGAUUCUGAUUAAUGAACAAGGAAAAAUGUAAAGUACCUGGAUUUGUCUGAAUAAAUCUGAAUAUUCUUGCAUAAACUGCAGUGUUGUUUGCAUUUUGAGGUAGGAUUACGUUUUGAAAUCGUGUCCAAUACUCGACUUUGAGUCUGCAGCCUUAGUGCUCGUAUCGAUAACCUCCCAUUUAUGACUCAUGUGAUAGUAAUUAAUAACAUUUCGUCAUAAAAUGCAUAUGCAUUAUAUGACAUAAAUAUAUAUAAACCGAUUUUUAGAGGGUAUUUGUAUGUAUAAAAGAGAAUUAUCAUUUUAUACCUGGAUUGUGAUCAACAUUUUGUAAUUUGAACAAAGGAAGAAUGUUCUUUUUUUUUCUUCAUAUUAUUGGUUUAAGCUUGUUGCUAUAAUAUUUAUAGAAAUUUUGUAAUUUUUCAACUGUACUUGCAUUAACAAAAGUUUUUUUUAAGGAAAAUGAUGAAAUGAAUCGUACUACUUCUUUCUUACUAUGACGAAUUUGGUGAUAAUGAUAAUGUUGGCUCAUUAAUGCUCAGCAUACUGACAUUUAUCAAUGUGUGCAACAUGUCUUUCAAAUAUAUGUAAGGAUUUUAUUACUUUAUUUUAUAUGUCCUGGUCAAAACGAUUAAAUCAAUGGUUAAUAAUUUCACUAAAAUAAUGUUUACUUCUCUAACAAGCAACUGGCUUGCCACAAAUUCUAAGUGGUCGGUGGGCGAGUAGCUUCAGCGUUUUCCUUGGCUCUCUUUAAAAAUUGUUACUUACUCACUCUCUAAAAAACCUAUAAGAAUAGGGGAACUCUGGAGUUUUUGUAGCCGCCUUGCUUAGGCACAAUUGUUUCUGAUACAUAUAAACUAUUCUUGUCAAUUAAACAUACAUUGGUUAUUUGGAAACUUACACCGAAUUCGCCAUUUAUGGUAAUUCUAAGGUUGUAAUCAUAAAGUAGUUUUAGUGUAGGUAGGUUUAACCAAUUAAUCGACGAAAGUUACGAAUUGAAGUAUUCUUUAAAAGUUAUAUUAGUUAUUUGGAGUUUCCAUGAGUCAUUCAAACUUUAUAUGAGGAGUGUUGUAAAAAUGAAGAGGAAAUUUUGUAUUGCAGUUCUGUAACUAUAUUGUUUAUUCUACCUUCUUUAUUUAAGCCAGUAAAUACUUGCUAUAUGGUCAUCUAUCGAUUGUUUAGAUUGUUCAGUUGUUCUAUUCAGUUGGACUAAUUGAUGUGGUAAUUAAACACUAUAAACAUUCAUAUCUGGCUACGAGUGUGUUAAAUAUAUUUGCAUAUACCAUUACAUUUUGAUACAAGAAAGCACACGAGACAUUGUUCUUCUUAUAGAAAAGGCCACGUGUCUGGUACAGGUCGCCAUCAGAUUUAUCUCGGAGUGAACGAGGUCGGGCCAAGUGCGCCCAUGGAUUACGUCCAAUGGCGUAGUACUAGAAGUAAGAGCCCUUCCACCGUAACCACACUUUCCCUUUGCUUUCUGGUAAAAGUGCGGACACGGUGGGAGGGGCUCUAACCUUUACGCCUACUUGUAAUCGUUGACCAGGCGCCGUUGUCCCACAGCCGCACUUGUCCCGACUGACUUCUUAUACACUUAUUAUCUAGGCGUUAUAGCGCGCUGAUAUAUUUUAAACGAUUAUGGUACAAAUAUUUUCUUAGAACGAGUAAACACGUGGUUGGAUAUAUAUGAACUUGCCGCUUUUUUAUUAUUUCUGUCAUUGCACAAGAUAUACACGAUAAUUAAUGAAAAAUUAUAAAUGGAAAUAAGACCAUUAAGUACGAGUAAAGUUCUUAAUGCUAUAUACAUUUACAGUAUUUAUCGAACAUUUAUUCUGAUAAUAGCCUGUGUAGUUUUUUACAGAUGCCUACUUAGAUAUUGUGUCCCCGCUCAUAUAAAACACAAAUGCCUGAUCUACCAUGUAAAAAAAGCUAUGUUCACACGUUCACAGUAUUAGGUGCAAUAUUUUUUUAUUAUACUUUGUGCAAUUUAUCUACUUUGUAUAUAUAUAUCGGGAUUACUUUAGUAUUUAUAGUUUUUCUGUGUAAUUACUCAUAAAGGCCUAUUCUCAGUUAAUUGGAAGAGCGUCAGGGCCUAGUGAAGAUGUGUAAAAGUGUGCUUACAAUUCACAAAUAUAUACAUGGAAAAUUGACAAUUGACCUAUGUAUGCUAUGUCGGCCAUAAACCAUUAUUUUCUUUCUCUACUUGACAAUGUUAUGAUGGGGUCAGUCAGUGUCCUUGUUACUUUAAGCGCUCAUGGUGGACUAGUGAGUAAAAUGUGUACCUACAGACCAUAAUUAACGCGUUCACUGUCAGUGCGCGCUACGAGUGUAGCCGAUUACGUGGUUUAUCCGUUUUGUAGCGUAAAGCGCUUACGAACAGAGAACCCGCCUGCUACUCGGUCGCUGGCAGCGAAUGUGUUAAAAUCAUGUCAUCAAAAAUGUAGGUACAAUCAGCACAGAAAUAUUGGUAGUGACAUGAGAGCUUGUUCAAAUAAUUUUGAGCGCUUUAGGAAUAUAGUCACUUAUUUAAUUUCUAGGCACCUAACUCUGUACCUUAUCGCAGUUUCAUUCAUUAAACACCAAAUAAUAUCUAAUGAUCGACGAGUCAUUAUCAGUACCGCUACUGCAUGCUUUGGAGGAAUAUUGAGAUAAGAGUAUUCGUCUGCAUGCUGUGACAAGGUACAAAGUGAUCCAGAAUUCAAAUAGUGACGUCGUUACUAUAUAAGUAUAGUAUGAUUUCUCUGGAAAAAAAUGCCUUUUAGGGCUUAAUCCUUCUGACUAAUGAUAAAUUAGGUAGCCACCGCGGUGCACAAAAGAAACUAAUGCCUCUUGAUUAACAGCCUAAGUUUGAGGCUAAAAAAUCAUGUCGGAUAACUCAUACUAUAUCUGCUUCUAACUUGUACAUUAUACUUGUGCAGUCAAGUGUAAAAAUAUGGCUGCACUCAUACUCAAAAAAAUUGUCCCAUAGCUUUUAUGUCAGCGAAUAAAGAACUAUGGGACGUAUUUUUGAGUAAGUUGUAUGUACCCAUAUUUUUACAGUUGCCUGUACAGUCGCCAUCAGAUAUAUCGAAGCGGCCAGGGUGCUCACAAAUAUCUGACCACGCCUCAAUUGUCAAGGCGGCUCGGGAGCUCCGAUAUGUCUGAUGGCGACUGUACAUGCUUAACAUGCUAGUAACGACGACCGAUUCAAAUGAUUCAGAGAAAGAGGCGUUAUACGUUGUUUCACAUUAAAUUGUGUAAUUUAAAUUUAUUUAUCAUAGUAAGUUAUAAAGUUAAUAUAAUGAGAUUUAUUCGAGUUAUUUUUGUAUUCAUGUCUUAUAAUUAUGCAUAAAGAGUCCAAAAGUAGUUUCAGGAUGGAUGUAAUUACUGUAGAUGUUUUUGAUCUCAAAGGCGAAUUUUAAAUUUUAAGAUAAGGUACCAUUAAAGUUAGUUAGUACCAUUCAAACAUAACUAUUCCUUUCUGUCGCCAUUUUAUGUAAAAUUAUAAUUGUAGUAUGUUUUAAUAAGUGUUAAUAAACAAACAAAUCA